AUGAAGGCAGCAUCCACGACUUCAAUGGUCUGGUCCAUCGUCUUUUACGGCGCGGGUUACUUAGCCUCCGCGGCUGGGAUUAUCAUGUUGAACAAAUACAUUUUAUCGGUCACGCCGUUCCAUUUUCCAAUCGUCCUCUCGUCCUUAGGAGUCGCGUUUGGAUGGGUGAUGACGGCGUUGCUGUAUAAAUUUAACGUCAUCGAGUUAGGAAAAGAUAAGUUUGAGAUGGGUUUGAAAGAAUACGUGAUGGUGGUGUCACCGAUUGGGUUUUUCCAAGCGACGACGUUAGCGGCUGGGAAUACCGCGUACUUUUAUCUCUCGCUGAGUUUUUUGCAGAUGUGUAAAGCGAUGGGACCGGUGGUGUUGUUCGCGUUAUUAACUGGUAUGGGAUUGGAUAGGUUCAACACUCGGGUAUUCUUAUCGAUUUUGGUCAUCGUCGUUGGGACGUUAAUGGCUGCCUGGGGAGAUGUUUCUUUCACCGCGGUUGGUUUUACGUGCAUUCUCGUCGCCGAGUUGAGCGAAGCCGCGAAGAGCGCGUGGAUGCAGUUUUUGUUGGCCAAUAAAUCUUUUUCCAUGUGGGAAGGUUUAUAUUUCAUCUCCCCGGCGUCUUUGUUCUUCUUAUUCGUGGCGAGCGCGGCUUUGGAGUUUCAAGAUAUGGUAGAUAAAGACGCGUGGGGAAUGGUGAAAGGUCAACCGCACCUCUUCGCUUUGGCCGGCUGUCUCGGUUUCUUCACCAACCUGUGUUCCUUGGGGGUCAUCAAAGCCGCCGGGUCGUUGACUUUGAAAGUUCUCUCCAUGUCUCGAUCUGUGCUGUUGAUUUUAUACGGCAUGGCGGUGUAUCACGACGUCGUCACGGUCGUCGAAGCGAUCGGGUACGGGAUCGUCUUAGUCGGCUUCUUUUGGUACAACUUUGCGAAAAUCGCGCAAAAAGAGCAAGAAGCGAAAGAGAGGGAGGCGUUGGAGAAGGAACCGUUGUUAUCGGGGUCCUCCUCGGAGAAGUCUGCCGCGUAA